AUGGAAGCUUCUCUCCCUCCACAGAAAUCCAAUGUCACUGCACACGGGGCCUCAACUGUGGCCAUCAUCACCCUGGAGGCAUUUGCUGGCAUGUGGAUAAAUGCUUUCAUCGUUUGUGUGCUUUGCAUUGCCUGGGUCCAAAAGAAAACCCUGAACUCUAAUGAGAAGAUCUUGCUGCUGCUGGGAUGCUCCAGGAUUUCCUAUUUGUGCUCCUCAUGGGUAUCACAAUUCCUUUCAAAAAUAUAUCCCAAAUAUCUUUAUGCUCACACUAUACUUCUCUUACUGGCAAUUUUUCAAACAUUUUUUAAUUAUUCCAACUUGUGGGUCUCAGCUUGUCUCUGUGGUUUCUACUGCAUAAAAAUGGCCAAUUUCAGGAACAGCUUCUUCAUCUACCUGAAAGUAAAGGUUGACAGGAUGGUGCCCUGGCUCUUGUUGGGCUCAGAGAUUGUAGCCUUGGCUAUGGGUAUUGUUAUCUAUGACCUCAUGGAAACUGCGCAGAGUAGCAACAUCACUUCCAACAGCCAAGAAAAUUUUUGGGAAGUAACUAUCAGAAAGGAUAAACAUUGUUACUUCUCUUUUUUUCUCGCUGGAUUUGGAUAUGGCUCAUUCAUGGCAGUCAGCUUUUCUGCUCUUUUCCUUCUCUUUUCCCUCUGGAGACACAAGCGCACGAUGCAGACAAGCUCCAUGAAGGACCUCAACAUGGAUGCCCACAUCAGAGCCAUGAAAUCUGUCCUCUCCUUCUUAGUGAUGUACAGCAUCAACUUUGUAUGUUUGGUCUUGACAAUAAUUUAUGUCAUGACGAAAGAAAAUAUCAUGACACUUCUUAUAUCCAUAUAUCUGUGUGCUUUUCCAGGUGUUCAUUCCCUUAUUCUGAUUUUCAGUAAUCCCAAGCUGGAAAAGGCACUGCUGAAGAUUCUCUCCUGUGUGAAGUGGGAGUUUUUCAUCAAGUAG